AUGGAGAUUGCUUUACUGUGGAUAGAACCUUCAAGACACAUCCGCAAAUCCUAUACUGGAUGUCGCACAGGACAGGUCACCUAUGACUACUCCAUUGGACUCAUGGUUGACAUUGACUACUAUGCGGGCUGUGAUGAUCCCACCCGCCAAUACCUGCACGGUUCAGGUUCAUGGAUACGGAACCUGCCAGAGCUGCGAGGUGGACAGCACCCAGCAGGUCACACUCAUAGACUGCAGCAAUCUGGCACAUCUAUCUUCUCCUCCUCUGGUCAACAGCAAGUGGAGUUUGUGCAUGAGUCCGUUCCUGAGUAUGACCUCCAGUUCUUCCAGCUCUCUGAUGAAUGGAAUGGCUGCGACAGCGCCACAACAGGCCCCAGUGUUACCGUCUCCACCUUCCCCAGCCUAGUGCCAGUGUCCGAUGCCCCCAGUUAUGUGGAGACCACCAUCUCAUCCCAGUACGCCACUUCUUCCAUGAUUUCCAUGGAACAGUUCCAAGGACUACCAGAGUAUGGAGAUUGCUUUACUGUGGAUAGAACCUUCCAAGACACAUCCGCAAAUCCCUAUACUGGAUGUCGCACAGGACAGGUCACCUAUGACUACUCCAUUGACUCAUGGUUGACAUUGACUACUAUGCGGGCUGUGAUGAUCCCACCGCCAAUACCUGCACGGUUCAGGUUCAUGGAUACGGAACCUGCAGAGCUGCGAGGUGGACAGCACCCAGCAGGUCACACUCAUAGACUGCAGCAAUCUGGCACAUCUAUCUUCUCCUCCUCUGGUCAACAGCAAGUUGGACUAGUGCCAGUGUCCGAUGCCCCCAGUUAUGUGGAGACCACCAUCUCAUCCCAGUACGCCACUUCUUCCAUGAUUUCCAUGGAACAGUUCCAAGGACUACCAGAGUAUGGAGAUUGCUUUACUGUGGAUAGAACCUUCCAAGACACAUCCGCAAAUCCCUAUACUGGAUGUCGCACAGGACAGGUCACCUAUGACUACUCCAUUGGACUCAUGGUUGACAUUGACUACUAUGCGGCUGUGAUGAUCCCACCGCCAAUACCUGCACGGUUCAGGUUCAUGGAUACGGAACCUGCCAGAGCUGCGAGGUGGACAGCACCCAGCAGGUCACACUCAUAG